GUCUGAGUGCCCUGGUCAAUAUUCUGUCCUGAGAGUCAGAGUGGCUCUUUUCAUAUAUAGCUGUGCUUGUGCUGUUCUUGAAAGAGUUUUUGUAGUCUUACCUCGUCUCCACGCUUUUCAUGAUGAUUAUGACUUCUUUGCUUUUCAUCUUAAAAAAACGUGCAGUUCUUUGCUUAGGGUUAGAAAGAAGUACUAUCUGGUUUCGCGGCUCGUUUUACUUUUUUUCCCCAAGUGGAAACCCAAAAUAGUAAUAACUUUCUAUGUAUCUUCUAUCGCAUGCAUAUUUCAUAAAACAUUUCCUCCAACGAACUCAUCAACAAAGUGGUUGAGUCGAUUUAUUGAAAUAUUAAGUAGGUGGCUUAUAAUAGAAUACCAUUUACGUAGUUAACGUAGUGAGUUGCUUUAUCUACUCAGUAGUUGUCGCAGUAACGAUCCUCCAACGCUCGCAAGUAGCUAUUUUCGCAUUACUUCAUCAAUUCUUUUACUAACGCUUGUUUCCUAGGUCAGCAAAAAUGGCGCACGUUGAGAAGGUUAAGCACAAGCCACAGGGCUUCAUGAAGGUGGAGGUGGAUGGCUUUCUCGCUACUGAUUCGAAGAUCAAGGAUCCAACUUUGGCUAUGUCCGAUGCCGAGAAGAAAAAGGAGAUCGACAAGCUGAAGAAUGAGAACGUGAACACUUUGGACAAUGUCAUCAACGUCUUGCAGCAAGCCGACCGAACGGCAGAUAAGAUCACGGGUGGUUUGGACGAGAACACAGCAAUAAUGAAGCGCAUCUUAGACAAGCAAGAUCACAUUAACGAGAAUUUGGCGAAAGGAGGCAAGAUUUUGGGGAACAUGGAAGGUACUACUACAACUACAACAGAAUUCUUUUUAAGUACUUAUUUUUUUGAUCAUGUGGAGAAUUUUCGAAUUGCACAAGAAUACUAGUUUUUCCCUUUUUGCUCUCUAUGGCAUUGACAAAACUUCCAAAGAUUUAGCCCACUUGUUGGAGCCGACGCAGAUCUUGUGCGAGUAAUGAAUGAAAAGCACUUGUGCUUGUUUUUAUUACUCCUGCAGUCACUUACACUUGUAUAUGUAGUACUAAGUGCUCAACAAAAAAGGUAUCACUGGUGGCGGCGCCCAUGCGGAUAAGAAGUUCGAGGAAACGAAGCUGAAGCCAGUCAGCCCAGAUGGUUUUCCGAUCUUCCAAUCUGGUAUGGUGAAGAAGGCGGGCAAGCACUUCAAAGACAAAUGGCAGAAGUGCCAUUUGAUGGUCCAUGGAAACAAACUCUCAAUUGCCGACGACGAAAACGCAAAGCACCACCAAGACAUCAAAAUCUCCAAAAGCAGCUACCUCAUUCUUUUGGCGGAUUCGAAGGUAUUCCUCUCACCUUUAUAAUAUGCCUCCAUCAUUUUCAUCUCCUUUGAUUAUCAGUACUUGUUACGGGGAAAUCUUAGGCAGAUUGCCGAAUAGAUUCGCGUCAUCAUUAUACUUGUUACGGCUCUCGACUACUACUUCUACUUACUUCUACUUACUUCUACUUCAUCUACUUACUUCUACUUCUACUUCUACUAUCGUUUUCGAAGAUAUUUCCUAGACCUAGAGUUAUCUUCAGCUCCCUGUCCUGUAGCUAUCUGCUUCCGAGGUGAUCGAGUAUGUCAUAGGUGUAUUGGCUACUAGUACCCGAUUGAUGAGUUGUCGUUUCAGGGUCAUCUUCGUUAUCCUUCCCAAACAAGCUGAAUGCAUUCCGACCUUCCCUACUGGUAACCACUCUAUAUAUUUAUAAUCUCCAAGUAAUCAAUUACAAUCACCUCAUUCCCAUCAACCGCGACUACUUUUUAUCUUCAAAUUAUCAACUUCUCUAUGUGUCACCCCCAACUACCACCCCAAAAUCACCCUCAACAUCCUCUCAACUUUUCAGGCCCCUCCGCAGUUGCAGAAGUUGAAGGAUGCGCAUCCAGGUGGGUUUGCGGUCUACGAGGACAGCAAACAGGAGAUCCCUUGGCUCUUCGAUACCCCAAAUCCGAAGGCUCAGAGUGCUUGGGUCCGAGGAUUUCAGUCUUGUAUGGAAUACAUCAAGCUGGGAGUCCACGACGUGUGGAGCGACCCUCGUGUCCAGAAGGGCGCACAGAAGAAUUUGAAGUUAUGUCGAAUCAUCCCUACCACUUUCUAUCAUCUGCAGAUGAGGAAGAAGAGUAGCUUCGUACUUAUACUUUUUAGUCUCAGUGAUCUGUCGACCACGACCAACUUCUAUCAGUUGUAUAUUUUUCAUCAAACAUUGAUUCUUCUGCUGUUUAUAAUUUCAGAUUGAUGUUGUAAGUAGUACUAUGCUUGUUUCAACUAUGCCUGUCCCUCUCCUCUCUCCCUCUAAGACCAGAAGUGAGGAAGUUUCAGAAGAAGAGGGCUGCCGAUGACGCGUACGGAAAGAAGACGGACGAGCAGUUGGACGUCGUUGAUGACUUGCUGGAUGUGCUGCACGGAAAGGCCGAAAACAUCGGGAAGAAGAUCGAUGAGCAAACGGGACUGAUCGGAAAGAUGAGCGACAACACUCACAAGGCUCGGGAGGACAUGCACAACCAGAAAAACCAAAUGCACAACAUCGUCAAGGAAACCGAAAAGAACUGGAUCUAG